CUCAUCCGUUACAUAACGGGACUCCCAGACACCCAGUGGACGCCGAAGUUUCAAGACUGUUUGGCCCCUACAUGGGAGGGAGGAGGACGGCAGGGCGGCAAACCCUUUCUGGUCCUGCACACCUGCAUUCUUAUACCCAUUUAUUCUGUUGCCUUGAGGACAAGAAUGCAGCCUUAGUCCCCAACCGAUACGCCAAAGAAAGACUCGCUGCUGCUGGCUUUGGUGAAAAACGGCUCACAUUUAAAGGCAGCCAUACAGAUUCAAAUGAAUUCCUCGAAUUCUUGAUGGAUGCCUAUCCAAAACUGCGGAACGGUGGCGGUUUCGAGUUGCUAAAAAUAUCUGGCACUACGAGAAGUCGCCACUUGAUUGUGAUCCCCUGUCCCAAUGAGGGUUACUAUGUCAGAUAUUUGAAGGACCCUCAGACCCAGAUUGGCCAUUCUACGGUUUUCAUUAGACCAAUGCAAAGAACCCUGAAUUUGGACCCUGCAUGUCGAUCAGAAGGCGACAACGUGUUAAUUGGACCAAAUCAGAAAUGUGUCAUCUGUGGAGAGGAGUUCCCCUUUUCCAGAAUCAAGGAUCACAGCAAUAACUGCACGAGACCAUCACAGAGCAGCGGUGAGGUACAGAUUGAGUUGACAACUGAAAGGGCCUCCGGAAGUCAAGUUAGAUUUGAAAGCACGUUCACAGGAGCACAGGGAAAUGAGACAACAAGGGCCAGGAACACAAGACACUCGGUGCCACCUCAGGAAAUGUUGCCUUCUCCUGAGGUAGUUGACAUCGAUCCCACUGAGGAAAGUGGCUUCUCUGAUUGGAGAAUAGCGCCAGAUCCCACAGAGGCAGCAAAGAUGUUUAAAGAAGACAUUUUAAGCCAGCAUGCAACUGGAAAAUCCUUGUGUCUUACUAUGGAUCUUGGAGACAGUGCAGCGGAAAGGGAAAGAGCAGUCCUUACUUUUUAUAAGAAGGCAAAUGUUGAGUGGGCUUGCCCCUUGACAUGCACACUUAAGGGAGAUCCAGCCAUUGGUGAUGGUGUGACUCGGCAUUUCUUUGCAACCAUCAUGUCAAAACUUCAGGCUGGUUUUGAGAUGAAGUUUGUGCCUGGAGGAACUCUUCUUUUUGAAGGAGAACAAGAUCAUCUGAUUCCCUCCACUUCUCAUCUCCUUUUGGAGAGUGACUUCUUUGUUGUUGCUGGCCGAAUGAUUGGACAUUCAUUCCUCCAUGAUGGGCCAUGCCUAGGUGGACUGAGCCCAGCUGUCCUGCAUGUGCUCUUUGGUGGAUCCCCAGAAGAAGCCACAAUAGAUAUUAAGGACUGUGUUGACCUUGAUAUCCGUGAGACAAUCAAGUUGCUGGAGGGAACAGCAGAGUUAUCAUCAGAAGAAAAAAAGCUCAUCAAUGAGUUGGCACUGUCCUGGGAUUUGCCUCUAGUCACAUGUGACAACAGGAGAUGGCUAUUUGAUAAACUGAUCCUCCAUGCUGUCCUUGGAAGAACCUCCAGACAAGUCAAGCAGUUACGAAGGGGUUUAAAAGAGACACUGAUCUGGCCUCUGCUGACGGAGAGGAAAGACACGAUUCCCCUUCUCUUUCCAAGAGCAUCUGAUUUGCAGUGCACACCACGGAUGGUGUUGGAGAAGAUAAACUGGCCCACACAGGAUGAGGAUGAAGACAGUGAAGUCUCUUUGGAGGAUUCCUGUAGGCUCACAGGAUUCCUGCGCACAUUUAUUGAGAUGGCAUCUCCCGUUAUCCUUGGGAAACUUGUGCAGUUCUGGAUAGGAUGGAAUGUGCUUCCUAGACAUGGCCUGGAUGUGACCGUGGUGGAGAGCAACUUCCCCAGCUCUUCCACAUGCUUUCACCAGCUGAAACUUCCAGGACAUUACAAAGAGUACUGUAUGUUUGAAAGGGACAUUCUUGCUGCUAUUUGGAGCACUGAAACUGGGUUCGGGAUGGUCUGAAGAGACGGACACACCUUAGUACUAGAUUUGUUGUCUUUUGUUUGGCCGGCCAAAAAUGUAUGUUUUCAGAGAGGAAAAAAAAACUCAGUUAAUGCCUAUACUCCGG